AUGGAGUCAACGUCUCAUGGAGGAAUCGGCGUCAGGAAAGUGCAGCUUGCUUCCGGUGGCCGGCGAAGCACCAGGGCCCGCCAGGAGGUGCUCCGGCGCGAGCUGGACGGGUGCCAGCUGCUGGCGGGCAUCUGGUGCCACGGCUUCACGGUGGCGCAGCUCCGGAGCAUCCGCGCGUCGCUGCCGCCCACGGCGCGGCUGGUGGUGGCCAAGAACUCCGACCUCGCGGCGGCGGUGGAGGGCACGCGGUGGGCGUCGCUCCGCCCCGUCGCCCGCGGCAUGAACGCCUGGCUCUUCGUGCGCUCCGACGAGAUCCCGCCCGCGCUCCGCCCCUACCGCGACUUCCAGAAGGACUGCAAGCUCCAGCUCAACGACUUUACCGGCGCCGUCUACGAGGGCCGCCUCUACGGCCCCGACGACUUCACCAAGCUCGAGGCCAUGCCCACCAGGGUCCAGUCCUACCAGUACCUCCUCGGCUGCCUCCAGAUGCCCGCCGUCUCCCUCAUCGCCGCCCUCCGCGCGCGCCAGGAGGCCAUGGCCAACCCGCCUGCCGACGACGCCACCUCGGAGCCGCCCGAGAAGUGA